UCUGCAUGUCACUUCUAUACAUCAUAACCGGGGCACUACUACUCCCAGCAGAUCUCCUGGAGAGCGCCCAGUGCUCUGCCUAGUACAGUGACUGAACUCCACGUCACUACAGCGCAGAGGAAACAAGCGGUCACCUUGACGUGACCUAUGGCCCCUGGGUACUACUACUCCCAGCAUGCCCUAUAGUUUCCCCAGCAGGCCCGGACCCUGAGGUGACAGGUGAUCGGUGCGGGUGCCCCGGAUCGGCGGAGGGGAGAAGCCGGAGCUGUCAUCUGCCUCUCCGCCCCGCCCCCUCUGACGGAGCUGCUGACGUCAUGUGAUUUCCUGGAAUCUGGUUACAGCCGGGGAAAUGGAAAUGUUACACUCUAAACAAGAUGCACAUUGACGUCAGCAGCGGCUCAUCAUCAUCAUCACCAUCACCAUCAUCAUCAUCAUCAUGCUGCUCCCCGCCCUCACUGCCAGACACGCCGAGACUCCCAUGUACACUAACCGCCGCUAGACUGCAACGUGCCGGGCAACAUGUGGGCUGCCACAGGAGAGAUGCCAGCGCACCAGAUUCAUACACCGGGUGCCGGAUUGCCUCAGGGAAUAAUUAUUGCUGCUUCAUCCACCAGUUUGCACAUCCCUGAGCAGUUGGCAGAAGAAGCGACACGGAAAAGGGAGCUGCGACUAAUGAAAAACAGGGAAGCAGCUCGGGAGUGUCGUAAAAAAAAGAAAGAAUAUGUGAAAUGUCUUGAAAAUCGUGUGGCUGUACUUGAGAACCAAAACAAGACUCUGAUUGAGGAACUCAAGGCCCUGAAAGAUCUAUACUGUCAUAAAGGGGAAUAAUUUUUUUUUGGACUUUGGACUUGGUGUCAGCCUAAACGGUUGCAUUUUCGGACUCCCAAGUUGGACUGUGAUGGCUCUGGACAGACGUCCUCUCCACGAAUCAGGAGUGUAAAAUCAAAAUCGAAAUAAUUUUAUUUCUUUGUAAGAUAUUGUAUUUUAUAUAAUUUGCAUGCACCAUGUUUUUUGGUAAUUUUGCCUUUCACCGCUUGCGGGUCAGCAGCGAAGGCGCGUCGACUCAGGAGAGAAGAGUACUAUGAAUGCCUUGCUGGAAGCGCAAAUCGGGCAGUUGCGGGAAGAGCUAGAAGCUUCUAGAAAAAUGUUUGUGGAUAAAACGACGUCAUAAAGCAGUGUUUCCCAACCAGGGUGCCUCCAGCUAUUGCAAAACUACAAC